AUGGCCAGCUGGAAUAGCGUGGCUGAGGAACUAUUGCGCACGACUUCCAGCCUCGACGCCGACGUGCGUUUCCGCUCACUAGUGCUGCAGCAACAAUGCAAUAAUCUCCAGGCUAUUUACGAGAACAUUUAUGACCUCGAAACGUCGCUCGUCGAGAAGACAACUGCGCAGCAAGAGGAGACACUGGAAGUGGAACGGUCGAUCCAGGACGCCAUCCGACGCGCGCGUCAAGUCCGAGCGGAACUCGUGCCGAAAGGCGACACCGGUGAUAGUUGUAGUGAUGAAGAGCAUACCGAAUCGCUGGAUGCCGAUGAUAAGAAGCUGCAGAACAUUAUGGCCGUUGCGAAAGCGACGCGAACGACCCGGAGUUCUGAGAGGUUAGAACGUAAGCUGGAGCCCCUGCCCAAAGCUCGACUGGUGUACCCACGCAAAUUAAAGGCGCUGGAAACACAGUUGCAGGAGUUGCAAUUGAAGGAAAAAGAGGCCUCAAGUCGCUAUGCGUUUUGCUGUAAGAUGAGUGAGUAUGUGUCUUUGAGCUCUCAAAGAAGGCAGCUCAUUCAACAGCAACAGCAGAAAUUCGAGUCAGGUGGCAGAAUGGACGUACCUGUUUCUCGAAUUCAGGCAUCAUUCCCCAAGCAGGUAGCGAGACUACGACAGGGGUAUCAAAGGUUGACGGACUUUGUGCUCAAGAAGAUUGAGGUCGGCUCGCCCCACUUUCGACACGUGGCUGAAGCACCGACAUUUUCGUCGGUGUUUCCGAUCUACCACCGCUUGAAGCAGGCGAAAAUGCUGUUGCGGCUGCUAAAUAGUGAGGCCAGAGCAUUGCUAGAGCGAUUGCCCGCUUCUCCACCGAAGCUCUCGACUGCUACAGUAGCUCACCGAGAAGCAAUGCUUUCAAGGAUACGCAGGAAGAUUUCGCUGCCAGAAGAUGAAGCGCUACAAGCAGCAGCCAAGAAGCCUCAGUCAAAACUCCAUGCAGACCAAGAGCUCCUAGAGAAGCUGCAGCUCGCAUGGGCUGCGCGCGUUGUCCUGACAGAGCUGUCGAACGUUGUGCUGUGGUCGUUCAAAACCUGUUUCGCCGAUACAGCUGAGCAGCCAGAUGCGUCGCAAGUGGAAGCUGUUAUGCGCCUCGUUCGGCUUGUCGACUCGGUAGCGCUCUCGCAGGGACGAGCAUACCGCAGCGUCGUCACCCCGCGUUUACCAGCGUAA